GUCGCAAUAUCCGGUUCUGUCCAACAACACGAUCAGCGCGGAGGUGAAGCGGGCGGCGGGCUGCUGCGUGAGAGUCAGCAACAUGCGCUCGCUCGUUGGCUUCGUCGCCGUCGUUGCGGCGGCGAGCCUGUAUCUGUAUUCGCUGUCGCUGUACCUGCCCGCGGUUCCGCGUCGACGCCCCCCUCACCCCUCCGCCGAGAGUCAACAUGUGGCCACAGCCGAGUCCGAGCAGCCGCCGGACAGCUCCGAAGAAGCGAGCAGGUUGAAGUUCCCAUCAGACUUGGAGGAGCUGAGGGAACUGGCCGAGCUCCUGCAGUUUUACAAGGCAGAGCACACGGGGUACGUGCUGCUGCUCUACUGUAGCGCAUAUCUCUACAAGCAGUCCUUCGCCAUCCCCGGAUCCUCAUUGCUGAACAUUCUUGCCGGAGCCAUAUUUGGACCAUAUCAAGGACUGCUCCUAGCCUGUGUGCUCACCACCGUGGGUUCCACCAUAUGCUACCUUCUGUCCCAGGCCUUUGGAAAACGCUACAUUGUCAACCUCUUCCCAGAUAAGGUCUCCAUGCUACAGAACAAGGUUGAGGACAACCAGGACUGUCUGUUUUUCUUUCUACUCUUCCUGAGAUUCUUUCCCAUGACUCCUAACUGGUUUCUGAACAUGUCUGCUCCAAUUGUCAAUAUCCCCAUCACAUAUUUCUUCUGCUCGGUGUUCAUAGGUCUCCUGCCGUACAACUUCAUCUGUGUCCAGACCGGUGUCAUGUUGUCCGAGCUGUCGUCGCUGGAUGACUUGUUCUCGUGGGAGCGCCUGUUGCAGCUGCUGGCCAUCGCCUGUGUGGCCCUGCUGCCCGGUGCUCUCAUCCGACGCUUCAGUCGGAGGCGUCUCAAAUUGGACGAGCGGUGUCCGAAUGGACGCGGUGCUGAGAAGAAGGUUCAGUGAUUUGCUCCGGCAUCGAGAGUUUCUCGGCAUCUCGAUGCCCUCAGAGAGUGCUUGUGUUUAAAGUAGUGAGGCUUCAGAAAACCUUUUAUGCACACAGACACACACACACACGUCUGACAGCCUCUUAUUCUGGAGAGCUUUACUUCACUGCAGCCACCUGGUGAUGGAAUGAAACUGCAGAUUUGAAAAAAAAAUUUGUUUAUUUUUUGUGGGAUUUGGACUUAAGACUAUUGACACAAAAUACUGGUGCUUUAAUAUGUGAGCACAGCAUAUAUACUGUAUAUGUGUGUCUAUAUGAUGCAUAUGUCUAUAUGAAUGUACAACAAUCAUAGGAAGACAGGAGGAGAUUUUAGGGAUGUUUUGCUCUCGUUACACAGUGGAACUGCUAGUAUUUAAAGUGCCUGUGGUCCUAGACUCAGACCUCUACCUCCAGCAUGAACUGGACACAUCAAAUAAUUUUGUUGGGUUUGUGUAAAUGAUCCUAUUUGUAACAAAAGUGCU